GUGAAAAUGAAACUAAACUGACGAUCAACAAACUGCAAGCUUUUAAACUCUUUAUCUCUUCAAGAAAGAAGAUAUUUAAGACUUUUAAAGCUGUUCAUGAACACAUCUGAUACUCAUUCACAGUUAAAAGAGAAGACAAACAAUGGCAGAAUCUUCACCAACAUCACCAAAACCAAGACGGACCAGAAGAGAGAGUAUGGAGUUACAUCCAUCUUUGACUGAAGAACUUCAGUGUUGUAUUUGUCUGGAUGUGUUCAGUGAUCCAGUCAGCACUCCAUGUGGACACAACUUCUGCAGGAUCUGUCUGAAACAGUGCUGGGACAACAGUCAGAUCUACAGCUGUCCAUACUGUAAAGAAACAUUCAGUAAAAGACCAGAGCUCAAGAUCAACACAACACUUAGAGAGCUCAUGCUGAUCUUUAAAGAAAAGUUCAGUCUGAGAAGAUCUGAAGUCCUCUGUGACAUCUGUGAUGAAAGAAAACUGAAAGCCCUGAAGUCCUGCCUAACGUGUCAGACAUCUUACUGUAAAACUCAUCUGGACCUUCAUGAGAAAAUUAAUUUAAAGAAACACAAACUGCUGGAUGCUGUGGAGAAUAUAGAGGACUAUAUAUGUGAGAAACAUGAGAGACCUCUGGAGCUCUUCUGUAGAGAUGAUCAGACAUGUGUUUGUGUGUUUUGUACUGAUGGAGAUCACAAGAAUCACAACACUGUUCCUCUAGAGGAGGAGAGUAAAGAGAAGAAGACUCAACUGAUGAAGACACAGACAGACAUUCAGCAGAUGAUCCAGAAGAGAAUCAAGAAGAUUCAAGACAUCAAACACUCAGCAGAACUCAGAAAAAGAAGCAGAGAGCAGGAGAAAGCAGCGAGUGUUGAGGUCUUCAGUGAUCUGAUCAGAUCCAUUGAGAGAUGUCAGACUGAGCUGCUGGAGAUGAUGGAGGAGGAACAGAAAGCAGCAGAGAAACAGGAUGAAGAUCUCAUUAAAGAUCUGGAGCAGGAGAUCACUGAGCUGAAGUGUAGAGACAGAGAGCUGGAGAAGAUCACACACAGUGAAGAUCAUCUUCAUCUCAUACAGAUUGACUCAUCAUCCCUGUACGGAGCUCCAGACACGAAGAACUGUUCUGAGAUCAGUAAGAAGAUCAGUAUGAGUGUGGAGACUCUGAGGAGAGCUCUGACUCAACUACAGGAGACUCUCAAUGAGAAACUCACUCAAACUGUGUUGAUGAAGAUGCAGCAGUAUGCAGUGGAUGUGACUCUGGAUCCUGAUACAGCAAAUCCAAAACUCAUCCUGUCUGAAGAUAGAAAACAAGUGAAACAUGGAGACAUUAGACAUGAACACCCAGAUAAUCCAGAGAGAUUUGAUUAUUAUCCCUGUGUCCUGGGAAAAGAGGGAUUCUCCUCAGGGAGAUUUUAUUUUGAGGUUCAGGUGAAUGACAAAACUGAAUGGACUUUAGGAGUGGCCAGAGAAUCUAUUAACAGAAAGGGAGAGAUCACACUGAAGCCUCAGAAUGGAUUCUGGGCUGUGUGGCUGUUGAAUGAGAUUCAUUAUUUGGCCUGUGUUGAUCCUCUUGUCUCUCUGUGUCUGAAAGUGAAACCACAGAAGGUCGGGGUGUUUGUGGAUUAUGAGGAGGGUUUGGUUUGUUUUUAUGAUGUAGAGUCCAGGUCUCAUAUCUACUCUUAUACUGCUCAAACUUUCACUGAAAAACUCUUUCCUUACUUUUGCCCAUGGCUGAAUAAUAAAGGUAAAAAUUCAGCUCCUUUGAUCAUCUCACCUGUUCAUUACAACAAAUGAAUUUACAUCCAGAAUAUAAAAUUAUAAAUUGAAGCUGAGAACUACUGUAUAAAUAAGAAAAUAAAGAUGAAUUUCCUGUUUUUCUAAUGAUAAUGUACAGUAAACUCUAAACAGUUAUCCUUCAAUAUUUGUUUUUAAAUACAAAUUAUUAAAUUCUAAACUAUUAAGUCUAAAAUAGUGUUUUAUAAUUCUCCAUAAAUGAGUUUUAACACAAGUUUUCCUCUGCUCUUACUUUCGUGUUAGUUUGUUGGAUAGUUUGAAAAUAAAUCUCAAGAUUUUAUUUAAAUUAAUUAAUUUCAACAACUGAC